AUGAGUACGCCUGGAAACGCCUGUCCCCCAAACAGUGGAAAGCUUCUGGAAACUUACCACUACGAGAAAAGAAAUUAUUGGGAAUGCCAAGAGCUGUGGCCAAGUGUCACAUACGACAACAUAUGCGAUUAUUUUGUAGGGAGACCCGGAUUUGACGGCGAAGCCGUGAAGGCGUAUAAAUCAUUGAAUGCAUUUUUAUACGUUACGUCGGGGAAAGUGCACAGCAUACUGGUGUCUGUGCCAGAGCCAGGGUACAUCAUACUGAAAGGAACUGUAAGCCCGUCCCAAAGGUCAUCAGCACCCUAUGUGUGCUGGGUGGUGAUUGAAACAUGUGGCAAAAUAAGGGAUGCCACCUGUACAUGCAUGGCAGGGCUCGGAGAGUGCUGCAGUCAUGCAGCCGCAGUAUGUUUCGUACUUGAGGCGUGGAAUAAGGAGAAGGUGGAGACACCAGUGCCUACGGACAUUCCGUGUCAGUGGCUGGCACCCCGUCUGAAAAGGGUACAGCCCAAGGCUGCCAACCAACUGAACUACACACGGGACACACGUGAUGGGCACAAGCAGUCUGUGCUCCCCCAGCCGGUUAAGCAGACACCUGAACCAGAUUCAAGCGCAUUCAUAGCAGCACUGAGAAAGGUAGCACCAACUGCACGAUUUUUUACAGCAGUGGAUGUAAAUCCAGCGCACAAUAAUCUACCUGAACAUGUGCAAACACCUGAGCAAUGUUUCCAUUACAAUAUAACUCUCAGUCAGCCCCUAAGCAAGUUUCGACCUCCCUCAGAUUGUACCUCUGCUCUAACAAUGUUACGAAUCACAAAUGAAGAUUCACAAGCUAUUGAGGCAGCAACACGACAGCAGCGGAAUAGCAGCGCCUGGUUUGAGCACAGGAAAGGUCGUAUAACAGCUUCCAUAUUUAAAGAGGUGUGCGCAUCGAGAAUGACUAAGUGCACCUCCCUCAUCAACAAAAUCUUCCGGCCUACGUUCAUUAACACUGCCGCUGUGCAGUAUGGCAUUGAAAAUGAAGAAAGUGCCAAACGAACUGCCCUUGAAAUAUUUUCGUUGAGCCACCAAAAUGCACGUAUGGAGGAUUGCGGACUCAUGGUUCCUCCCAGCUACCCCUACCUUGGCUGUAGCCCAGAUGCACUACUGCAUUGUGACUGCCAUGCGCCUGCUGUGCUUGAAGUGAAAUGCAUAUAUUCACUUAAGUCUGUCGACCCUUCCUCCAUGAUAGAAGAAGGGCAAAAGCUUGCACACUUUUGCUUGGACUCACAUGGGCAAAUGAAACAUACACACAAAUACUACUAUCAAGUGCAGGCUCAAAUACACCUGAACACUGCUGGAUGUGACAUGUGCUAUCUUUAUCUUCAUGUUGAUAAGGGUGGACUACUAGUGCCUAUUGAAAAGGACAACGAGUUCAUGGUGCACAAAAAGCCAAAACUAGAAGAGUUCUUCACGAAGAUUGUGCUUCCAAGAUUGUGUUCUCUGCGUUAA